GUACCCUGUAUGCUUACACAAAGAAAUGAUACAGAUUACUUGACACAAGAAUGUACACCAGAGAGGACUGUAAGUUUGGCCUUUGUUUUCAAAGGAACCAUCAUACCUCCAGCUUUACCAAACCGUCUAAUAUGUGCAUGUCUGAGUAUGUGGACAUUAAAAGAAUACCAAGGACGGAAACUUAUGUUUUCGGGGUUUGUUGGGUUAUCAUUUGAUAAAGAGCAUGAUGUUGUUGUCUGUGUAGAAGGAAAUAAGAUCUUAUUGCACCUAGUCCACAAGCGCUCCAAGGGUUUGAUAAUACCUGAUAUAGCCACCAGUGUCCGGGAUUGUUUGUUUGUUACUUUGGAGAGAAUAUCCGAAUUUUAUCAGUCAACUAUCCAUUGUAAAGCCAACAACAAGUUACCAUUCCACACUGAGUAUUCCUGCUCAAAAUUAAACUGUUUUACUCCAGAAGAAAAUAUGGUUGUAGAUACAGAGGAAUGUCUUUGCGAACAUGGUGAAAACAUUAAACACAACUGGAGAGUUUGGAAUCAGAAACUGGAACAAAUGCAGUGUGAUCCUAGUUGUCCAGGUUUGAGUGAAUAUUCUUUAGAUCAAAUUCCAAGUAACCCCGAGUUGCUUUGUCUUUCUGGUAAUUGUGAGGAAGACUUGAUACAUGAAUUAGCACUUCGUCUUGGAAUGGAAGAGAUAGAUUGGAGAGAUAUUGGCAAGAAUUACACAGGAAAUACACAGAUGGUCAAGUUUUUGACACUUAUUCACUUGAAAGAUAAUUAUUCAAUAUGUUUUGGAGAUCUAGAUAAAAGUUUGCAAGAAAUGAAAAUAACAACACACACAUUAUGCAUGGUCAGGAGAAGAAAACAAGUGAAAUCUAGAAUUUCAGACGACAUAUUAGAUUGUAUCCCUACAGAUGAAAUUUUAGACAAGCUAGCACCACAGAUUGGAAAAAUGGUUUUUCAACUUGGAACAGAACUCGGAUUGUCCAUAGCGGAUUUAGAAAAUAUCGACAAAUGUAGUACCAAUUUGACAGCCCAAAAUAAGGAAGUGUUAUUUACUUGGAGAAAAGACAGAUCAGUAAAACCUACAAUACGGGUUAUUAAACAAGCUUUAGUUAAUAUAAGAAAAGGUGUACGUUGUUUAGAGGAGGUUGUGAAGAACAUAGAUGCAAAAACAUUAAGAGCUGUGGAAAUUGUUACAGAUAAAAUCAGAGAUAAUGCAGACAAAAUCAUACAGGACAUACAAACCAGCCAAAUUGUAGACCAUAUGAUGACACAUCUGGUGAUAUCAGUAGAUGACAGACGUCGUAUUGAACAACAUGCUGGACAAGAUGAUCAGAACAAAGCAUUGCUGGAUAUUGUGACCAAAAUGAGAGAACCUGCUUACAGUGUGUUUGUUGAUGGAUUACGUAUUUAUGGAUACGAAGAUAUCGCUAAUGAUUUGAAAUGUGAUUUCAGUCCAAGUCCAACAUCAGCAUCUGCGGAAAAUGAAGGCUUAUCAGAGUGGAAUUUUCCAUUAUAUAAAGUUCGUCUACAAAAGAACUACCUCACGGUCAUCACUGAUAUACAACACGAGAACAUAGUAGAUCAUCUAAUAUCAAAAGAGGUAUUGUCAGUUGAUGAUGGGAAGAAGAUAGAAUCUGGUAAAACCCCACAGGAAAAGAACAGGAAUUUAAUGGACAUGCUGUUGCGUAAAAAUGAACAGGGAUUUAAUGAAUUCCUCAAAGCCCUACGAAAAGACUCAAUUUAUGCAGAUCUAGCAGAUCAAAUAGAGAAGACAAAAGUUACUAGCACAGAUAUGGCAACCCUUCAUAAAUGCUCAAAAUAAAAUAAAAACUUUAUACAACAAGUCAAAGACAGCUAAGACACACACAUGUAAACAAUGAACAGAAGGAGGUAUUGUCAAUCCAAUGUUCAAUGAUUUGGUCACUUAAACCGCUAAGACAAACACAUGUAAACAAUGAAUAGAAGGAGGUAUUGUCAAUCCUAUGAUCAAUGAUUUGGUCACUUAAACCAUCAAAGUGAAUGAAUAACAAUAUAUUAUUGAUAACAAUAUUUUAUAUUAAACAUAUGUCAUUUGUGAGUGUCAUGCUUGGCAAGGAAAAAGAUAAAAUAUG